GGCCGUCGUUGGUCCAUUGGAACAAACUGAAGCUGGAGAGCGCUCCACAUCCUCGAUAAGAGCUUCACGAGCAGUCUCAAGGCGGUGUCGCGGUUCGACAGCAUGGCCACCACACUUCAGAGCAACACAGUCACCCUCCAAGGGUCUGCGGCAAUCGUGGCGGAAUUCUUCGAAUUCAGCGUGAACAGCAUCUUGUAUCAGAGAGGCGUUUAUCCUCCCGAAAACUUUUGCCGCGUCCAGAAGUAUGGCCUCACCAUGCUGGUCACAGACGAUGAGCGUCUCAAGGAUUACCUCCAAGGUGUCGCCAAUCAACUAAAAGAACUCCUGAGGAAGAAGAUGAUUCGGCAGCUUGUGCUUGUUAUUGCCGAUGUCGAAACGAAAGAAACUUUGGAGCGAUGGGAAUUCAAAGUCCAUGUCGACGAAGAAAUGACCGAGGAAAGUGCCCCGAAAACGAAAGAGCUGAAAACGAUCCAGCAAGAAAUCGCAGCCAUCAUUCGGCAAAUUGUCGCCAGUGUAACCUUUCUACCGCAACUUGAGGGACAGUUGGCUUUUGACCUGUUGGUGUACACGAAAAAGGAUGGAGAAGUCAACGAAGAACUCUGGGCCGACUCGAAACCCAUGUUGAUUGAAGGCGGUCAAAUGGUGAAAAUCAAAAGUUUCUCGACAUCUGUUCAUAGCGUCGAUGCUGCUGUCGUCUACCGCUGAUUGGCGAGGACAGCGGUCCCUAUUAUUCUCAAUUUUUUCAAGGGAAGAAUUGUGUUGUAUAAUAAGAAAAAACUCCCAGGUCUCAGGCCUAUCCAUCAGGAUGAUUUCAAGGCCAAGCGCCGCCGUUGCUUUGCCCUGCUCCAACUCCGCCCGAAUUAUCUCGGUCUUGGCGGAAUCGAGGAUUGCGAUCCAAUACCGCGAUUCCACAGAGUUUCUUUAUCGCUUUGUAUACGCUAGACGCUGGACUCUUUAAAACUUAUCGACCAUGACGGAUGUGAGCCUUAUCGUCAAUAUUUGUUGUUCCAUUAAACCGGAAAGCAAAACAUAUUUCUCAAUAAAUGAAAGCAACGGAA